CCUGACAACUCAAAGUUCGGUGUGGAUCGGUGCAUGGUGGGUUGGAUUCUUGGUCGCGGCCGUGAUGGGCGGUAUCGUCAGCAUACCCAUGGCCGCUUUUCCAAAACACCUGCCAUCAAUGGUCGGCACUGCCGUUACUGUCUUUUCGGUGAAAUUCUUCGAGGCCGAAUUCGCUAUGACACCUUCCAGGACGGCCGCUGCUCUGGGCAGCGUACUGAUUCCGGCAGGCGUAACCGGUACGUUGAUAGGAGGCGCCCUGGUAUCCAAGCUGGACUUGACCGUUCGCGCUAUGUUGAAGGUGUGCUGUGCCACGAGCGUCAUCUCGUGGCUAUGCAUAUGGAUAUUCAUUCUGCACUGUCCGAACCCGCAGUUCUUCCACGGGGCAAUUCGGAGCAGCAACCGCAUCGUGGACUUCACCAGCGAGUGCAACAAGAACUGCCACUGCGAGGCGACAAUGCUGGAUCCCAUAUGCUCGGUCGAGAACGUGGUCUACGCGUCGCCUUGCUUCGCCGGCUGCGUCACAAAAGAGAUCAUGCCACACCCAGAUGACCCAUCCUGGGAUCUCCAAGUGUACAAGAACUGUUCUUGCGUGCCGACCCCGCUUGGAGCUCCAAUGGAUGAAACCGUCUACGAUUUCGAUGCGACGCGUGAGAAGUGCUCGACCAACUGCAACCUCCUCGUUUACUACAUGGUCGUCAUGUUCAUCUGCGUCUUUUUCAGUUCCUUCAGCGCAGCUCCUAUCAUCACCGUCAUGAUACGCUGCGUCGAGGAAAAGGAGCGAGCUGUGGCAUUCGCUGUCAAGUGGGUCAGCGUCCGCCUCCUUGGCAACAUGCCGGCUCCGAUGUUGCUAGGCUCCGUGAUCGACGGCAGCUGCCUGCUGUGGCAGGAGGUGUGCCAAGGGCGCGGCGCCUGCCUCCUGUACCACAACGAGUACCUGGCGCAAAGUAUGCUCGAGUUCCUGGUGCCGGUCAAAACCGGCUCCGUUAUACUAUUCUUCGCCGCCCUCAUUACGAUGUCCGAUGAAGAAUAAAUCG